GAACUGAGAUCUCUCCGCCUCCCCCCCACCCCCCAGCUGAGAUCUCUCCCCCCCCAGAUCUCUCUGCCUCCUCCCCCCCCAUCUGAGAUCUCUCUGCCUCCUCUCCCCGGGCCGAGAUCUCUGUCUUCUGAAAACCAUCUCUGCACAUGCUAGUCCCAGGUCAGCCUGCAGACAACCAAAGGCUAUUCCAAGGAGAGAGCCUGGAGCCAGAGAGAAUGACCCCGGGGACCCAGAGACCCCCAUCCCAGGAGUUGGUGACCUUCAAGGAUGUGGCUGUGGAUUUCACCCAGGGGGAGUGGUGCCUCUUGGACCGUUCUCAGAGAGAGCUGUACAAGGAAGUCAUGCUGGAGAAUGUCCAGACCCUGCUUUCUUUGGGAAUUCCAGUCUCUAGAGAAGAUUUGAACUCCCCUUUCCAGGAAGGUCCAAGGGGCUUCUGUUCUGGCCAGUUUGCCGACAACCAAAGUAUAUUCCAAGGAGAGAGCCUGGAACCACAGAGAAUGGCCCCUGGGACCCAGAGACCCUCAUUCCAGGAGUUGGUGACAUUCAAGGAUGUGGCUGUGGAUUUCACCCAGGAGGAGUGGCGCCUCUUGGACCAUCCUCAGAGAGAGCUGUACAAGGAGGUCAUGCUGGAGAAUGUCCAGAACCUGCUCUCUGUGGGACUUUCAGUUUCUAGAGAAGAUUUGAGCUCCCCUUUCCAGGGAGGGGAAUCACCAGGGAUGGUAGAGCACAAAGGUCCAAGGAUCUCCUGUCCAGGGUGGUCUGGAGCAGUAUGUGAUGACAUCAGAGCCCAGAGGACAGACCCCAGAGGGGGCCAAGGCUUUUCAGGUGGAGAGACCAGGUUGGAAGUGAAGAAGAUGGCUACAAAGGUUAACAUUUCUGUGGAAGAAUUUGGCCAGCAUAGAUUUGAGAGUGAUGGUGCCUGUAACUUCAAUUUGAAAGAAAUCUGUGACUCUGAAACCAAGCUGGGUAAGAGUAUCUGCGAGUUUGGUGAAAUUGAAAAGGCACUCACACAGUCUUCAGUCUUAAAUAACAGUAAGAGAAUGACUUCAUGGAAUGAAUAUGAUCAGAACAGUGAAGAAAAUAAAUGGUUUCCUAAACAACUAGAGCCUUUUAAGGCCCAGGAGAAGUCUCUUCAAAUGCAAAUAUACAAAGGUAAUCAUCUGGAAAUGGACUUUAAUUUGAAUUCUGAUCUCAUUAGACAUCAGACAAGUGACAAAAGUGGGAAGGCCUUCAGUCAGAACUCUAACUUCAUUACUCUUCAGAAAAUUCACAUUAGAAAGGAGCCUAUUGAAUACAAUGAAUGGAAAGCAACGUCAUCUCAUCAAUCACAUCUUCCUUGCCAUGCUAGAUUUUAUGAUGGAAUGAGAAGAUAUGCAGUUCACUGCUGUGGAAAGGCCUUUGGUUGGAACUCAGAUCUUAUUAGGCAUCAGAACAUUCACAUUGGAAAAAAGUUUUAUAAAUGUAAUCAGUGUGGAAAGGCUUUCACAGGGGAAUCCCAUCUUGUUGUUCAUCAGAGAAUCCACACUGGAGAGAAACCUUAUGAAUGUAAUCAGUGUGGAAAGACUUUCACAGAGAGAUCCAAUCUUGCUGCACAUCAGAGAAUCCACACUGGAGAGAAACCUUAUGAAUGUAAUCAGUGUGGAAAGGCUUUCACACAGAGCUCCAGUCUUGCUGCACAUAAGAGAAUCCACACUGGAGAGAAGCCUUAUGAAUGUCAUCAGUGUGGAAAGACUUUCACAGAGAGAUCCAGUCUUGCUGGACAUCAGAGAAUCCACACUGGAGAGAAGCCUUAUGAAUGUCAUCAGUGUGGAAAGGCUUUCACACAGAGCUCCAGUCUUGCUGCACAUCAGAGAAUCCACACUGGAGAGAAACCUUAUGAAUGUCAUCAGUGUGGAAAGGCAUUCACAGUGAGCUCCCAUCUUACUGCACAUCAGAGAAUCCACACUGGAGAGAAACCUUAUGAAUGUCAUCAGUGUGGAAAGUCUUUCACAGUGAGCUCCCAUCUUGCUAAGCAUGAGAGAAUCCACACCGGAGAGAAACCUUAUGAGUGUAAUCAGUGUGGAAAGGCUUUCACAGUGAGCUCUCAUCUUACUGCACAUCAGAGAAUCCACACUGGAGAAAAACCUUAUGAAUGUAAUCAGUGUGGAAAGGCUUUCACACAGAGAUCCAAUCUUGCUGCACAUCAGAGAAUCCACAAUGGAGAGAAACCUUAUCAAUGUAAUCAGUGUGGAAAGGUUUUCACAAGGGGCUCCCAUCUUGCUGCACAUCAGAGAAUCCACACUGGAGAGAAACCUUAUGAAUGUGAUCAGUGUGGAAAGACUUUCACAGAGAGAUCCAGUCUUGCUGGACAUCAGAGAAUCCACACUGGAGAGAAACCCUAUGAAUGUAAUCAGUGUGGAAAGGCUUUCACACUGAGAUCCAGUCUUGCUAACCAUCAGAAAAUCCACACUGGGGAAAUCUUAGGAAUAUAAGAAAUGUGGUAAAACCUUCAGACAAUAUUCAUAUUCUAUAGAAAUCUUAUCACUGUUAUGAAUUAGAAAAUGUAUUCAGUUGUCAUUUAGAGCUUGUUUAAAAUAAGGGAAUUCAUUUUCAUUUUUUUGCCAUUUAUUUAGAAUUUUAUUUUCUCCCCAAUUACAUGUAAAAACUAUUUUAAAGUCCAUUUUAAAACUUUUUGUUUCAUAUGCCCAAAGGGCUAUGGGACUGUGCAUACCCUUUGACCCAGUAAUACCACUACUAGGUCUGUAUCCCAAAGAGAUCAUAGAAAAGGGAUGUGAGUGAUCAAACUAAAUGUGUGUGAUCACCUGUCCCCAGUGUGGGGAAAGCUACCUAGGACAACAGUUUAACAGUUUAGGUAUAAAACAUUUAUUUAAAUAUAUUAGU